GAUGCCAGUCUUCUCAGAAAGGCUCAGUCCCCUGUUUGAGUCAGAUCGAGGGACCAUGCCGUUCCAGGUUCAAGGAUAAAACCCAUCGGGCCCAAGUGCCGUCAUAUUCCACCUUCAGUGCCUUCCUCCACAAUUGGGAUUCACCCCUGCUGAAAAGUGCAGCCUGACAGCAAGGGAACAAAAAAAUACUAUGCUAUCACAUAGCGCCAUGGUGAAGCAAAGGAAACAGCAAGCAUCAGCCAUCACGAAGGAAAUCCAUGGACAUGAUGUUGACGGCAUGGACCUGGGCAAAAAAGUUAGCAUCCCCAGAGACAUCAUGAUAGAAGAAUUGUCCCAUUUCAGUAAUCGUGGGGCCAGGCUGUUUAAGAUGCGUCAAAGAAGAUCUGACAAAUACACCUUUGAAAAUUUCCAGUAUGAAUCUAGAGCACAAAUAAAUCACAAUAUCGCCAUGCAGAAUGGGAGAGUUGAUGGAAGCAACCUGGAAGGUGGCUCACAGCAAGGCCCCUCAACUCCGCCCAACACCCCCGAUCCACGAAGCCCCCCAAAUCCAGAGACCAUCGCACCAGGAUAUUCUGGACCACUGAAGGAAAUUCCUCCUGAAAGGUUUAACACGACGGCCGUUCCUAAGUACUACCGGUCUCCAUGGGAGCAGGCCAUUGGCAGCGAUCCGGAGCUCCUGGAGGCUUUGUACCCAAAACUUUUCAAGCCUGAAGGAAAGGCAGAACUGCCGGAUUACAGGAGCUUUAACAGGGUUGCCACUCCAUUUGGAGGUUUUGAAAAAGCAUCAAAAAUGGUCAAAUUCAAAGUUCCAGAUUUUGAACUACUGCUGCUGACAGAUCCCAGGUUCUUGGCCUUUGCCAAUCCUCUUUCGGGCAGACGAUGCUUUAAUAGGACACCAAAGGGGUGGAUAUCUGAGAAUAUCCCUGUCGUGAUAACAACUGAGCCGACGGAAGAUGCUGCUGUACCGGAAUCAGACGACCUGUGAGAGGGAAGCUGGGGAUGCCUCAGGAAGUUCUGCACAUAAAAGCUGCUGUUGCUCUGCUUAGUGCAAAGCCAUUGGAGUUCCUCAUUACUAAAGUCACUCAAUAGCAGUUAAGUACAUUUCAUCUUAUGGCACUUAAUUUGAACUGAACAAUUAAAUUCCUAUUUUAAAAACCUUUAA